AUGACCUCAGAUAGUGUGAUGGACCCAGCACGGGGCCCUGAGGAGCUGCCGUUUAUUUUUUCGGAUAGCGUGUUUCCAGAGGUAGAGUCGCCGUUUCCCAGUCUGCCGCUGGCGCCAGAAACGAAGAUCGCGAAAUUUACCAAGGAUUAUAAGAUAGUUUCCUCGAAAGUGGACAAUUCGGAGAAUAUUCACCGGUUGUUUCGAUGGGCUCGUGAAGUGCUGGAUUUUGCAGAGGCUCAGCCAGGGCUCAGUAGGAACAUGAUAGAUACAGCCAUUGAUGUGGUGAAACUAAUAUCGGACUCUGCUCCUGCUGAUGUUGGCUCGUCAUCAGGCUCGUCAGGCUCGACAGGAUCUACCCCGUCUAAGUUUUAUGGGGCUGCUAAUUAUACUAUUGGACUUUGGUAUCUUUUUGGACUGUUUGAAUAUCCAGUUAAUAGUGAUAUUGCUAUGGAGAAGUUUUUGACUGCCGCCAAACAGGGCUAUUCAAGAGCUCUGUAUAGAUUAGGCGCUUUUUAUGAGACGUCAGGGCAGAUCAGUUCGGCAUUGGCGUAUUUUGAACAUGGAGUACGACGAAAAGAUGCCGCUUGUUAUUAUAGAAUGGCCACUGCGUAUCUACAGGGCCAGUUGAACAAGUCGAUAGAUGUGAAACGAGGUAUGGAAUAUCUUGAAAAAGCAUCGUUUCAAGCCGAUCCUGAUUGUGCACAAGCAGCGUAUAUUUAUGGUUUGAUUCAGUUGAAAGAGAUUAAUAUUGCAUCUUUAUCACAGCUGAAACAGCCACUUGACCAAGAAGCAGGUAUUCUUGCUUUAGAGAGAUCUGCUUGGCUGGGUUUUGGGCCGGCACUUCUUCGAAUGGGAAAAGCAUGGCAAGGUGGUGAAAAGGGUUAUGAUACUGCAGUUGCUUUACGUUAUUUCCAUAUUGCUAGUCGACAAGACCAGUAUACUAUUCAUAAAGAGAAAAUCAAGCGAGCAGUUGCUAAACAGAAACUUGGUGAUAUCAGUAAGGGUGGUGAUAGUGGAGAUAAACCGAUAACUGGUGCGUUAUUAGGAGUUCCAGAGCUGGAGAUUUCGAAAUGGAUGGUAUGUGGAUGUGAUGGCAGUUUUGCUGCGAACGAAGAGUGGGCUUUUAAGUUUGCUCUUAUGGCAGCAGAACAGGGCAAUGUCACUGCAGAGUUUGCAGUUGGGUAUUAUUAUGAGGUAGGUAUUUAUGUCCAGCCUAGUGCUGAGAAUGCUGUCAAGUAUUAUAAGCUGGCUUCAGAUCAUGGAUUUGAUGAUGCAAAGGUUCGUUUAACUGUUUUGGAAAAGGAACUAGAAAAGAAAGCCAAAGGUCAGCAGGCUGCAGGAAGUACCUCUCCGUUGUCGAAGAACCAGGAAAGUAGUAUCAGUUCAGAUCCGUUUGGAACGGGAAUACAGAGACAGUUGACACGGAAAGACCAUGAGCGAAGUGUGUCGAUGAGGCGGCAAAAGUCAUUGAUGCUGUCUCGCGAGAACUCGAGAAGUACUCCUGCUACGAGUCAGUCGGAUUCGAAGGCGCUUCCUGAACGACCAUUACAGAAUGAAACCCUGCGAACUGCCCAGCAGCAGCAGCAGCAACCACAACAACAACCACAACAACAACCACAACAACAACCACAACAUCAGCAACAGCAGCAGCAACAGCAGCAGCAACAACAUCCUAAUGCUUCAGAGGAACCUCCACAAACCGUACCUACUGAAGCAAGACCCCGAUCAGACUCAGAAUCUAAACCUCUCCCACCAACGCCUCCUCACAGACCCCCUCGGUACCAUGCGUACACCAGUCCAUAUGGGUCACCUCCUGUGAGCCGGUCACCCAGUCCUAAAAGACCACAAAGAUCACUUACAGAAGAAUCUCCAUUACCAGCACCUCCAAAUGACUCAAUCCAGCCAUUCAGUUUCACAUCUGGACCAGCGGCACUUAAUCCCCCCUCCCAAUCUGCCAUUGAAAUCAAUAGACGCAGCCCCUCACCACGAAGAUCUCACAGAUAUUCUUCCAGCAUUGCUACUGAACAACCAGGUCACACCCUCAACAAUCCAGGAAGUCUAGGUGCAAGAGUAAGUCCUCGAAAAGUUUCCUCUCCUGUUCGUGCUCCCAUUUUAGAAGAAUCACAUCCUUCAGAUCUUGAACUCAGCGGACCUCGAUCGGUCGUCAGAACUCCAUCUCCAUCGAAACCAGGACCUGGUCGAAUGACUAGCAUGGAAAGACUAAGUAACAUGCGAAAUAUGCCACCACCCUCAAUGUAUGAUCUAUCAGUCAGUCCUAAACGGUCUUCCUUUGGUGCCAAUUCACAACCACCACCUCCUAGACCCAUUUCAUCUCCUCGAACUGUUUCUGGCCACACUGUAUCUCGACUACCUAACCUGCCAUCUGACGAAACACCUGGAUCCGAUUCAGGAUCAAGUUCAGGACCCGGUCCUGGUCCCGGUGAUAAUGAAGUUCUUUACCGAGUAGUCCCCCUUAGAGUGAAAAAAUCUUCAGAACUUCUGAAAAGACACUCAUUCCCCUCUGAACCACUUUAUGACGACCGAACUGUCAGUCCUGAACCCCGAGCUCCUGGACUCGCUUCCUCCCCUCCAAACGACCCCAUGAAACGUCGUAGUGCCCGAUUAUCCCCAGUCUCGUCACCAGUCUAUCAAACUGAUUUCUCGAACAAUUCGACACCUCAGCGAUUACAUAGCCCAACCACCCUUUCACAUCCUGACUUACAGUCUACCUCGAACAAUUCCACCCCCACCAGAGCAAGACAAUUGCGUCCAUCCGGUUCACAGCCGAUGUUAGAGAAACUCAGCAGUUUACAACUGGAGGACACGACUAAGACAGUUCCCUCGUCCCCUGCACAGACCAUCCCAUCAGCUUCAUCAACAUCAAACCUCUCACCAUCUAGUGCUCCAGUAGCGAUUCCAAUGCACAGAGCCUCGACAUCUCCAAUCCCCGAGCGGUCGAUAUCGCGAUCUCCCGUGGCUCGCCAACAGUCCCCCGACAAAGGACGUAGCCCUAUUUCCCGACCCCUGUCGUUCUUCUCGACCAAAUCCAGUCCUAAAUCGCCGCCACCUCAACCCACUUUCAGCUCUAAUGGCUCUUCUCCACCCUCGCAAUUCUCUCGUACCUCCACUGUAAGCUCACUAUCCACUACCACAACAACCUCUACCUCCAGCACCGCCUCAAACCUCCCUGCCGUCAGCGGAACCCAGAAACCUUCCGACCCAAUCUCGUCUUCCAUCAACCCUCCCCCUCGCAUCCCCAUGAGCUUCGACGAAAUGGGCAUCCCCCACGGCACCGAAAACGAAAAAGAAUGUAUUAUAAUGUGA